CCCCGCCCCCGUCAAAACUUAUCUUAAAUUUACACUGUAGCCCAUUAGGUCAAACCAUUUAAAAUUAUUUUUUGCUACUCUUUUUUAGAACGAACGUUCCUGUUUCAAGAAAAAUGUCCGAUGUACGCAUGCCUAGAAUACCUUCAGCACAGAAAACCGAGCUUUUGUCACCAGGUUCCAGAUCUAACUCUGGAUUUGCUAGCAGAGUACAGUCUGGAAAACACGAACUCCCGGAAAUAAAAGACAUGCAAACCACUGGGGCACUUCCAAGUUUGUCAGUUCUCAAUAUUGAGCUGAGAUAUGCUCGAAAUCUCCGCAGAGAGAAACAAUUUCUACGAAAUAGAAAGCUAUCUUCGCAGCAACCUGUACCGCCUAACCAUCGACUACGUCAUCGACUCUCGAGCCCAGUUCUCACAUAUCAACGUAAGAUUUCUCCGCCAACCACGCCCGACAGAGAUGUUCGUCUUAGGUCCUCAUCAACUAGUCAACUCCGAAGCUCUAGAUUAGCAUUACCUUCACGAGUGCCGCCAUUAGGAGGAAAAAGAGCCUUGACACCAGAGCUUAGGUCGGUAACAACGCCGGAACAACUGGUGAAAGAGAAUGUUUCGUUUCCGCCAGAAGUCGUUGACCUUGAUUUGCUCCGGAAAGAAGGACUUCCUUCCGGUGGGCUAACUUCAUCCGUGUUCUUAUCGGAAGUAAGAGAAAUCACGCCUCCCCCUCCAUCUCCACGCGGGGCCUCACGUGGGACGUCACGCGGGUCAUCACGCUCCUCGAAGAGCCAAGAAGACGCAGAACUGGAACCUAACCAGGCUCAAUUUGGUGAUAAAACAGACAUGACACAGACGUUUACAUCAAUUCCGCGUUCCACAUUUUGGAUUCCUGUGGACGAAAACAGCACUGAAAAGGACGAGAGGCCCAGUAUUCAAAGGAAAGGAGAAUCGUCUUCAAACGGGACAAAAUUCUACAUUGAUCUGGGUAACUUAGAGGCCCUGGCCUCGGGACAGUGUUCCUUAUGCGGGGAUUCCCUUCCCGAGGGAUCACCCGUGUCGAGGAGAGGUUCGAUUUCAUCAAGUCCCGACAAAGAAUUUUGCAAGUCUUGCAAACCUCGUCGGGGAUCCAACGAGGACGUUUUCUGGAUUCCAUUUACGGACAAGAGAAAGGCAUCUGCGAAGAAAAAUCUUAACGGAGUCGAAAACGGAGAUGAUUCCCCAAAAGCGAGCGAAAGGAGAAAAUCGAAUGAUAAAAUUUCUGAGCAAAGUACAACAAAGGAUCAGGCAAAGACAAGACAGCCAGAGCCAACUUCAUCCAGUGCGGAAAAUAGCUAUGGUAAAGAUCUUGUUUUGGCGGACAACACAAGCACACUGAAGAUGCCGUCGUUCCCUGCCGAUAUGACGGGUUUUGAUGUGUCAUGUGUUUGCGAUAACAUCACUGGUGUGUGCUCGUGUACUAUCGUGAAAAAAGAUCUGCCUUCUCCAUCGCCUGUUAGUGAAGAAUCAACUCACACCAGGCCCGCAAAUUCUGCAACUCCUGACACGGCCAAUGCGACAUUCGAUACUGUGGAUGCUGUGAAGACGGUUGGCGAGGUAAGCUCUCUUGACGAGUCCACUCUUGUUGCUCGGCCAAUAAAUGAUUUUGCUUCUCCAACGCGUGCAGUGAUUCCUUCUAACAGUAAACCACGAGCGAAAAAGGAACAAUGGGACAUGACAUUGAAAUCUUUCUCGGAAACUGAUCUUCAUAAUCCUACAACCGCACAACGAAAUAGUGAAGAAACCAAACAUGGCUCCGGUGAGGCUCCCCAGAGCGUAACUUCACAAGGUGCUAAAUUGCCAUCCACCCAAGAGGCCCCAGACAAGGCCGAUCCCAAUGGACCUAUGUCCAAAGCAGCAACAGAACCCAGUCCACCCAAACAGGCUUGGACGACACCGAGGUCUGAGGAGCCUGGCGCAAGCACUGUGGCUAUUGUAAACCCAUUUCCAUCCCCUGUACCACCCAUAGACAAGUCCGCUGUGCAUCCUCCUAUCGGACCCGCAGGCGAUAGUAGAAUUUCAAAUAGAAAAUUAACAGGGGUGAAGAAAGGAAAGAAAUCAGUUGGGAAACCUGGUAGUAACUCGAAAAACGCCAAGCCAAGGACGAAAAACAAAGCUCCGGAGCAAAGCAACAAAGGUGGGAAAAAGAAAGGAAAAGGGAGAAAGAAGGGCGAUAUGAAGAUGAUCACGGUUCAACAAAGAGAAGCCGGAGAAGAACUCGGGUUGAGGACGAUAUCCCAGGGAGGUUUGGAUGUCGCCGAGGAAUCCAUGCACCAUCUUUCCACGUUCCGUCCUUUUAAUGCCCGGAUGUUUAAGGGGAAACACCCUAUUUUAAGCCCGAUACCGGAGUCCCCUCGGAGUACAAGAAAUUCCCCUCGGGGUCCGAAUACGGUAACUUCCCCACGGCUCGCUGACUUACCAGAGAGUCUAAGAGAGUGUAGUAAGGAAGUUAAAGAGGGGAAUGCUAAAGGCUUUUCCGAAGUGGUAGCUACGGGCGGAGGAGAUGCGGUGAAUAACGAAGACGAAGCGCCGGAAGGUGAAUUUGACGUUGUAGAUGGAGGGAUGUUAAAUAGGUUCAUUGGAAUGUGUGUUCCACGGCUUAAGUUUGGUAAAUCCGAAUUAGAGUGUGAUUCGGCGUCGGAUGACGAGAGAACUGAACCGCUUCUUAAACAUCCCCACGGGGGAGGGGAUGAGGAGCAGCAGCGAGAACUUGUUGAAACUAGGUCUGCCGGGGAGGCGGACGAUAGAUGGAGUGUUCAGGAAGGGAGGGAUCACCCACAGGUCAUACAGGAUGAAGCUGAUGACGUCAUGGAAGCGAUCAUCAGGCGCGGGCUUGAUACCGAGCAAGAAAGAGAGACGAUUGAGGCACAAUCCGAGUUACGGAGUGUAAUGGUCACGGGCGAUUUUUUAUCAAACGUAACAAGCCCUGCGAGUGUUAGUGUUGAAGAAGAAUCAGUUUUAAGUUACCGAUAUUCUCGAGACGGCCUACCCGAGGUGUUGGCUGAGCCAGACGUGGCAAAUGAAGAACUACCAUCCUCUGAGACUAGUUCCUGUUCGGAACAGUACUCGGACACGGACUCUUCUUACAACAGUAUUGGCUCGACCUCGCCGCGGCUUGUGUCGCCAGCUUCUUCGCUCAAUAGCAGCGAUACGUACUUCUCGUCGCCUCGUGACUCCUCGGACGCGGAAACACCCACGCCCGGCCGAGAUAUCAGCUCUGAAAACUCGAUCGAGAUCGCGUACUACGAGCGAAUGGCAAGGGAAAAGUCGCGUGUCAGCAGCGGCAGCAGUAGCAGCAACUCCACCAUCCGCACGCAGUCGACUGUGUCGCUUGGUAGUCUGGGUAAUAUUUCCCAGGGUUCCGUGGGGAGUUUCUCUGGUCCAGCGACUGAGAGCGUGGUGCGGAGUCGACUCAGUGCGUCUGUUCGGAGCCAGUCCUCUGAGAGUUACGAAGAGGAGAUUGUUUGGAAGAAAGGGAACGUGUUAGGAAAAGGCGCAUUUGGAACGGUUUGGUGCGGACUCACAAACACGGGCGAGAUGAUCGCAGUCAAGCAGGUGGAGUUGAAUCACAGCAACUCAGAUGAAGCCGAAGAGCAAUACGAGAAGCUCCAGGAGGAAGUGUCACUGCUGAAAUCUUUGAAACACGAAAACAUCGUCAAGUUCAUAGGGACUUGUUUAGAUGGGGGCGUAGUGAACAUCUUCAUGGAGUACGUACCAGGGGGCUCCAUUGCCUCCAUACUUGCUCGAUUUGGAUGUCUAGGAGAACCCGUGUUUAGACGUUACACUAAGCAAUUGUUGUCAGGCGUGUCCUAUCUCCAUAGCAACAACGUCAUUCAUAGAGACAUCAAAGGCGGAAACAUCCUUGUUAUGGCGAGCGGCGUCCUGAAGCUGAUCGACUUUGGCUGCGCCAAGCGCCUUUACAUGAAUCUCAGCAUGAGUAGAAGCAACAUCCUUCGUUCUAUGAAGGGCACGCCUCACUGGAUGGCGCCCGAGGUCAUUCAAGAGACUGGGCAUGGACGAAAAUCUGAUAUAUGGAGUGUAGGCUGUACAGUGUUUGAAAUGGCGACCCGUAAACCUCCGUGGUCUGACAUGCCUCGCAUGGCAGCCAUCUUCGCUAUCGGAAGUGGGUCGGUAGCAGUGCCGCAACUCAGCGAAGAUUUCUCGCCAGAUGCUCGGGACUUCGUCAACAGGUGUCUGACGAGGGACCCAGACUUGCGGCCAUCAGCCGAUGAGCUGCUUCAACACCCCUUCGUGAUGGACCCUCAAUAAUGCUACCCAAACUCUCCUCGAGACGYACUCAUUCUAGUCAGCACAUCAUGUAAUCAAAACAAUAGGUCAUCAAAACAUGUUCUUGUCUUAACUUUCACCAAAUAGUUUUGGAAUUUGUGAACAUCGUAUAGCAUAGAAACAAUUUGUUAUAAGCUUAAGUAUAUUCUUGCGCUAAUAAAUUAUGACAUGUUUCUGUACAACAAUCAUUGUAUAAAAAAAUGUCUACCAGUAUAGGCCUUUCCGCAAAAUACCAUAACAUUUUAUGUUUCUUGGCCACGCAGAUUGACAGUUCGCACGUAAUUACAAAACAAAUUGAAUUCAGAUUUCUUUCGUUUUUGAAAGGACGUAUUAAUUGUAAUAUAUAUUGUAACGAGCGUGUGUUUUAGGCAGCAUCCAUACUACGCCGGAGAAAUUUGAAAGCGCAGCUUUAUUUCUACGGUUAGGCCUACCGUCCACACUGAUCC